CGGCUAUGGGAGCGGUGGGGACGAGGCGGCGGCGGCGGCGGCAGGAGGAGGUGCAGGGGCUGGCACGAGAGCAGCGGCCCGGGGAGGCCCGCAGCAACACCCGCAGCCGCCGCCGCCGCCUUUAGACGCGGACGGCACCCGAGGGGACCGCCGGCCGUCUAAGCCGCGCUCGGGUCCCGCCGCAGUGGGCGGCGGGGGAUGGGCAGGCGGCGGCGGGCCAGCCUGCUGAGCGGUGACUCCUGCCGGUGCGAGCUCUGAGCUGGACCCCAGUCCUCCGCCGGAGAUCCUGCGUCCGCCGCGGCCCAGAUUAAAUGGAAACCACCCUUGGGAGCUAGAUGCCUGUGUAGCUGUUAUACCACAUCAGUGUUUUGCAAUGAGUGGGGGAGGAGAGCAGCCAGACAUCCUCAGUGUUGGAAUCUUGGUCAAAGAACGAUGGAAAGUGUUAAGAAAGAUUGGGGGUGGGGGCUUUGGAGAAAUUUACGAUGCCUUGGACAUGCUCACCAGGGAAAAUGUGGCACUGAAGGUGGAGUCAGCUCAGCAGCCAAAGCAAGUUCUGAAGAUGGAGGUUGCCGUGUUAAAGAAACUGCAAGGGUGCUGGCAGAGGCUAGAUAGUGUUGGAGCUGGAAUUUCAGAUGGUUGUGAACCACCCAACAUGGGUGCUGGGAACCAAUGCUGCUGCUCUGCAAAACUAGCAAAUGCCCUUAGCCAACGAACUGGUCGGAAUCUGGCAGAUCUUCGACGUAGCCAGUCCCGGGGCACAUUCACCAUUAGCAGCACUACCUCGGCUUGGAAACAGAUUCUGGAGUCUAUUGAAAGCAUCCAUUCUGUGGGAUUCCUUCACAGAGACAUCAAACCGUCAAACUUUGCAAUGGGACGCCUUUCCCAGUACAUGUAGGAAAUGUUCAUGCUUGAUUUUGGCUUGGCCCGACAAUUUAAUUCCUGUGGUGACGUCAGACCACCUCGUGCUGUGGCAGGCUUUCGAGGGACAGUUCGUUAUGCCAUCAAUGCUCAUCGGAACAGGGAAAUGGGAAGACACGACGACCUUUGGUCUCUAUUCUUGUUGGUAGAGUUUGUGGUUGGCCAGCUGCCUUGGAGAACAAUAAAGGACAAGGAACAAGUGGGUUCCAUUAAAGAGAGGUAUGACCAUCGGCUCAUGCUGAAGCACCUCCCUCCCGAAUUCAGCACCUUUCUUGACCAUAUUUCCUCUUUGGAUUAUUUUACAAAACCAGACUACCAGCUUCUUGCUUCCGUGUUUGACAACAGCAUCAAGACCUUUGGAGUAAUUGAGACUGACCCUUUUGACUGGGAGAAGAGUGGAGCUGAUGGCUCCCUGGCCACCGCCGCCGCCUCUGCCACCCCUCAGCUGCACACCCGCUUGACCCCUGCUGCCAUUGGAAUUGCAAAUGCCACCCCCAUUCCCGGAGACUUGCUCCGAGAAAAUACAGAUGAGGUGUUUCCAGAUGAACAGCUUAGUGAUGGGGAGAAUGGUGUUCCUGCUGCUGGGUCCCCAGAUAAACUGCCUGGGUCUCUGGGGCACACUCGCCCUCAGGAAAAGGACGUCUGGGAAGAGAUGGAUAUCAACAAGAACAAGAUAAAGCUUGGAAUUUGUAAGGCUGCUACUGAAGAAGAAAAUAGCCAUGGUCAAGUAAAUGGUAUUCUCAAUGCUCCAAGCCUUGGCUCUCCAAUUCGUGUCCGAUCAGAGAUUACACAGCCAGAUAGGGAUGUUCCGUUAGUAAGAAAGUUACGUUCCAUUCACAGCUUUGAGCUAGAAAAGCGUCUGACACUGGAGCCAAAGCCAGAUACUGACAAGUUUCUUGAGACCUGCAUGGAGAAAAUGCAGAAAGAAUCCAGUGCAGGAAAGGAAUCUGUUCUCCCUGCUCUGCCUCAUAAGCCUUGCGUUCCUGUUGUGUCCCGCACUGACCAUGUCUGGCAUUAUGAUGAAGAAUACCUUCCUGAUGCCUCCAAACCUGCCUCUGCCAACACACCAGAGCAAGCAGAUGGUGGUGGCAGCAAUGGAUUUAUAGCUGUUAAUUUAAGCUCUUGCAAGCAGGAGGUUGAUUCCAAAGAAUGGGUGAUUGUGGACAAGGAGCAAGACCUUCAGGACUUUAGGACAAAUGAGGUGUUAGGCCAUAAAACAACUGGAAGCCCUUCAGAUGAGGAGCCUGAAGUGCUUCAGGUCCUUGAAGGGUCGCCUCAAGAUGAAAAGAUCCAAGUGGGUCCUUGGACUGACAACCAUCAUUUAAAGGAAAGCUCAGGUGUGGUCUUAGCACUUUCUUCAGAAUGUCCUGCCACUGCUGCUUCAGAACAGUACACAGAUAGGCUAGACCUCCAGGCUGGAGCUGCUAGUCAGUUCAUCACAGUUACUCCCACAAGUCCAAUGGAGGCACAAGCAGAAGGACCCCUGACUGCGAUUACAAUUCCUAGACCUUCUGUGGCAUCAACACAGUCAACUUCAGGAAGCUUCCACUGUGGUCUACAACCAGAGAAGAAAGAUCUUCAGCCCUUGGAACCCACUGUGGAACUUUAUUCUCCAAGAGAAAACUUCUCAUGCUUGGUUGUAACAGAAGGUGAACUUCCUAGUGGAGGAAGCAGAAUGGAUUUGGGACUUCAGAUAGAUCAUAUUGGCCAUGACUUGUUACCCAAUGUGAGAGACGGCGAUACAUCUCAGGACUUGGGACCAAAAGACCUUCCUGACCAUAAUAGACUAGUUGUGAAAGAAUUUGAAAAUCUCCCUGGAGAAAAAGAGGAAAAAAGCAUUCUUCUGGGCUCAGAUAAUGAAGAUGAGAAGUUAGUUAAAGGACAGCAUUGUGUUGAAAUCUCUCUCCCAGGAGAUUUUGUGACUGCAGAAAGGGAUCAGUCAGCUACCACAGAACCUCUUGAUGUAUCAAAGACACAGAAUUUUAGUGUAGUGCCAAAUCAGGACAAAAACCAUGAGAUAAUGAAGCUUUUGGCAGCUGGAACUUCAGAAAUUUCUCAACAAGUCAUUGAUCCACAUGCUGAAGGGCAGAUGGGCCAGGUGGCAGCAAUGCAAAACAAUAAGCUAUUUAAGGGUGCUGACAUUAGGAGUGAAGAUGUGCCUGGACAUCAGGGGGACCUCUCUACUUUUUUACACCAAGAGGGAAAGAGAGAUAAAGGUAUCCCUAGAAAUGGAGAGCUAUAUCAUUGUGUCUCAGAGAGUCAUGGUCCUCCCACCCGGAAGGACAUGCUUCGGUCAUCCUUUGUAACCAGGCACAGCCGGAUUCCUGUUUUAGCACAAGAAAUAGACUCAGCUUUUGAAUCAUCCUCUGCAGUCUCUGCAAAAGAAAAGCUUCUACAGAAGAAAGCCUACCAGCCAGAACUUGUCAAACUUCUCGUGGAAAAAAGGCAGUUCAAGUCUUUCUUGGGGGACCUCUCAAGUGCCUCUGAGAAGCUAUUAGAGGAGAAAUUAGCUGCUGCUCCUGUUCCCUUUUCUGAGGAGGAAGUCUUCACUUCCUUUUCCCGUCUGGCAGUAGAUUCCCACAUGAGUAGAUCAGCUGAAGAUGGCUUUCUGUCACCCAUCCUCUCCCAGUCUAGAAAGAGCAAGAUUCCAAGGCCAGUUUCCUGGGUCAGCACGGAUCAAGUUAACAGCUCAGCUUCACCUCAGUUCUUGCCUCGGCCACCACCAGGAAAGCCACCAAUCAGGCCUGGAGUAGAAGCCAGGCUACGCAGAUAUAAAGUUCUAGGGAGUAGUAACUCUGACUCAGACCUUUUCUCUCGCCUGGCCCAAAUUCUUCAAAAUGGAUCUCAGAAACCCCGGAGUACUCCUCAAUCCAAGAGCCCAGGAUCUCCUCACAAUCCCAAAACACCACCCAAGAGUCCAGUUGUACCUCGCAGGAGUCCCAGUGCCUCUCCUCGAAGCUCAUCCUUGCCUCGAACAUCUAGUUCCUCACCAUCUCGGGCUGGACGACCCCACCAUGACCAGAGGAGUUCGUCCCCACAUCUGGGGAGAAGCAAGUCACCCCCCAGCCACUCAGGAUCAUCAUCCUCCAGGAGGUCCUGCCAACAAGAGCAUUGCAAACCCAGCAAGAAUGGCCCAAAAGGAUCUGGCAGCCUCCACCACCACUCAGCCAGCUCUAAAACUCCCCCAGGGAAGAGUAAGCCAGCUAGUAAACUCAGCAGAUAAGGAAGGAAGUGGGCUGCAUCUCUGGGAAAGGUGUGAGAUCUUCCUCCUAGACCUGAUGCAUGUGUGUCCCUGUACUGUCUGUUUCAAACAAUCAGUGUUGAUCUUCUCUUACAAAAGAAAGUAACAUGAUCAGUUAUUUGAUAAGAAGACAUAAGUACAUAACAUACUAAGGAAUUACCUAGGGCAGGUAGGAAGCAGAUCAGGAGUCAAAUGCUUCAGUCCAGCAAAAUCCAAGGGGAAGAAACUUGUUACAUGAGCUCUUGUUACAGCCACCCUCGAAACAGAAAAUUGAGGAUAGGAAAUAGAAUGGGAUUUUAAGUGAUUUUGCCUAAUUUGUUAACCCUCUACUCAAAGAGUAUAGCAAAAGUGUUUGAUAUUUUUCUUUACAACUUCCUAACCUUGGAGAGUCAUUGUGCUGACAUCCAAAUAUAUAAGAAGCCUGUUGCCAGGAAACUAGUAUUUGGGUAUAUUUGGUUUGUGUGCUUAUUUAGUGAAUCCACACCUUUCUUUCCAUUCAUUCCUAGUAUCUUUCCCAGGUUUUACAUUGUUUUAAAAUUAAUGUUCCUUUCCUCUUAUUUUAACAGUUCACCCUAAUAAAGGUCUCAGCGCACACACUAACACUUUAAAAUCCAUUUGCCCUUAUUUAGUCAAACCUUGCUAUUUUCCUUUGGCCACAGUUUUUAACUCAUAUUUUUAUCUUAAAAAAAAAAAAAAAAGCAGUGUCUAGCUAGAGCUGUUUGGGGCAGGUGUGUUUGGAGAGGAACAGAGAGUGGGACAAUGUCCUUAAAGGUAGGAGCAUCCCCUCGUACCUAACAACAUCUCCUCCUGUAGAAGGAGGCUGACCAGAGGAGACAGCUCCCUUUAUGUCCUCCCUGCGCUCUCUAUAGUGUCAGCCUUCAAGAUGGCACUAGGAAAGCACAACACUUUGGAAUGUGGUUUAUGCUUUUGGAGAUUUAGAAAGAAAUUAAGUAUGUUAUUGAGGCUUAUAAUCUUCAUAUUUUAAAUUUUACACACUUAGUUAUAUACACUUAGCCAAUAAGGAAUGAAUAUCUGGGGAAAUAAAUUUAGGUUAAAUAGUUUUCUUUCAAUGUUUUUAUAAAUUGGUUCUUGUAUUGUUCUAUGCUUGGGCUUCUUAGCCUGAUCUCCACAUAAUCUCAAUUUAAAGUUCUAUUCUCACUCUCUAAAUCAGGCAAAUUAAAGAGUACCAGACUUUUUAAGUGGGCUAUUUGAUGUCCUGUGAGUGUUUAGUAUGAUAAAAACCUUAUUGAGGUAAGGGAAAUUGAUCUGCCUGCUGUUGAAAUCUGCCUUCUAACAAACAUAUACUUUCUCUUUGAUCUUGUGUUGCUGCCAAACCUAAAACAAUUGAAUUUGAGGUAAGGGUGGAUGGAGCUGGAGGUGUAUUUCUUCACUAAGUGAGAAUGUUCAGUACUGCAUCCCAGCUGCCCUGAUGCUGCACUUGUUUUCUGUAUUGAGCAUUUUCAAACUUGGAACACUACACUGAGACACAAGGUCUCCCUGGAGAAAUGUGGCAUAGUGUGUAAUCUACGUUCUUUCCAGGUUCAAGCAUUUCAGAGCAGUGCAGCAGAUAAGGCACAUUUACUGUUUGUCUGUUACAACUGGAGACUGACCCUUGUGUAUUAUAUUGUAGAACAGUUGCUGCAAUACUACUUGCAUGUCUUUCAUGGUAAAUUAUAUAAAUAUUAUAAAUAUAGAUACAUAUGCUUAUAUAAAUCCAUUCUUUCUCAUUCUGCAUUUGUAAUUUCAAAAUCCUAGAUGAUGAAAUUCCUUUCCCAUGGUGUGCCUUGUGUACACUUUGGCAUUGCCUAUCUUCAUUGUCCUGGGUAUGUGACACCUAAGAUCCUCUUGCCUUCCAGGUGCAUAGUGCAACAGUUGGCAGUCCUUAGCAAGCCAAGUAUAAGAUACUUAAUUUUCAUUUAGAAAGUAUCUUAAUAGGUGAAAUUUUAAACAGGUUAUGCUUGUAAUACAGGCUCAAAGAUUACUCCUGUUAGCCACAUAAUGCUGUCCAUAUGUUUAGGGUGGAUUGAUGGGCAUUAUAAGUAUGGAUCUGGCAUCAGUUGAUUUUUAAAACAUUUUCUGAAAGUUGCCUCUUUCAUGUCACUCUUUUGAAUGGGAGUGGGGAUGGGAUGUAGGAGAAUUAAGAAAUUAUCUCUCUUUGUGUUACAUUAGCUAAAGGAUGCUAAAAGUAGUCAGCUUAAUAUUGACCUCUCUAGUCAGAAAUGUGCUAACAGUUACCACUGGGAAAGCUAAUACUGGCCAGACUUCUUUUCUGAAUUUUUCUGCUGACAGUCAAAACCCAGGGUGAUGGCAGCAUGACAGAGGAUGUUUUCUGUUUGGGUUUGUUUUCUCCAACCUUCUAAUGUGUUGCUUCCUUUUCUACAUGUCAUUAACAAACUCAUCAAAAUCCAGAGAACAAAUGGCCUCAUUAUGUGAGAAUAUUUUAUUUUGAAUGUAGGGAAAAGAGCCAACCAAAGAUGUUUUUGCUCCGAAGAAAAGGAAAUGGACUAAUUAUAUUUUAUGUAUCAGUAGGUCCAUUUAUUAAAUGCUGUUCUGAUAUAGUGAUUAAAAAACUGAGCCAGGUGGUGGUGGUGCACGCCUUUAAUCCCAGCAAUUGGGAGGCAGAGGAAGGCAAAUCUCUUGAGUUUGAGACCAGCCUGGUCUAUAGAGUAUGUUCCAGAACAGCCAGAGCUACACAGAGAAACCCUUUUUCCACCCCCGCAACAUAUGCACACAAAAGAGAUUAAUAAGCAUAGUUUGUGCUUUUAGAUGUUACAGUUCUUUCGGGUUGGAAAUAGAAGUUGGCAACCUUAAGCCACACUUGGACCAGGAGUGUGAUCCAGGGAGUCAAGCUUUUGUUGGGGUUUGGCUUUGUCAGUUCAUUAUUUUGAGAAAUUUCAGCUACAGGUCAUCCAAAUAAUAUAAACAGUUUGGCUAUUUUACUUAAGGUGAGAAAUAUGAGCAAAGCUAUAAUGAAAGUAGUGUGAGACUGAGGUUAAAUUAUCUUUUGGAAAACAAGUACCUCCUGGCUUCCAUCUGCACAGGUCAUUCACUCACACCUGCCCUUGCCGUGGUCCUGGGAUUAACAAAAAAAAAAAAAAGGACUUAGUUCCUAAAAAUAGCUUAGUUCCUAAUGUUGCCCCCAAAUUUUACUACUGACUUUCAGGCUUUGUGAAUUGUGUGAAGUAUUAAAAUCAUACCUAAUAAUUUUGCAUAGCCUAAAUACAUUUGACGUCAAUGGAUAUUGAACAGCAGAGGAAAUUGGAUCAUGUCCAAUUCAGCAUUAAGAUACAGGUUUUAAGUCACCUUCCAAUGAAGCUGUCUGCAGCCAGGCACUUAUCUCCAGCCUUGGUACACAGGUUUUUAGUUGCAUGGUUUGCAAUGAAUGUUUUUGGUAAAAGUUGCCUUACAAGUUAAUCAAGGCCUAAAAAACAAACAAGUAACAAAAUGGCCAAGGGCCCAUUAUUAUCAUUACCCACUUUACAUUUUUUGCUCUUGAAUACUAAACCACUGUGUGCUGAUGUGGUGUUCUACAUGUGCAAUAUGUCUGUCUGUUUCACUCUUGGCCACUGUGGGAACUGAGGGGCUUCAGCUGGCACCGGAGAUGUCUUCCCAGCCACAGAUUCCUAGGUUACUGUUUCUAUGAUUGCAUCAAUUGUACAAAGUAUAUAUUGCUGCAUGUUUUAUAAACCUAGACCAGAUAGCUAACUAAGUCACAAUGAGAUUUUCUACGCCCAAUAACCUUGAUGACAAACAGGUGCCUUUCUUCAAGGGCAAAAAUUUUACAUUUCUACUCUUAACAUUAGGAAUUGGUGACAGGAUCCACAAUUCAGUGGCUUAAAGAAAAUUGCAUCUUGAAAAUGCUAUCUUAAAAUAUAUUUGUAGAUAAUCUAGAUUUAGCCUUGGAGAUCAAAGUUUUUUAUGUUUAAAAACUUGUUAGCUAGGCAUGGUGGCUUAUGUUUCUAACCCAGUUCUUGAGGGGCUGAGGUGGGAAGAUGGGACUCUAAAGCCAACCUCAACUUUCAUAGGGAUUUCAAGUUCAUCUGGGCUUGAGUGUGAGAACCUGUCUCCAAAACAGCAAAAAUGAAUUCCUUUUUUUUAAGUUUUCAUAUAUGUAUGUGUGUGAGUGUAUAUGUGUGUGUGUGUGUGUGUGUGUGUGUGUGUGUGUAUUUCAUUGAGCAUACUCCCGCUCAUUCUUUUGUAUCUGUCACAUCUUAAAUAUUUCUUCUGUCAUGUUCAUGUAAGGAUAAAUUUGUUUGCAUUCCCUUUUAAAAUAUGAGCCUAUUUCUUGUUUUGUGUUGGGCUAUUUCUGGGGAGAGGGUCAUUUAGCACUUCUUCCACUGAGGUAAUAAUAGGUGAGUUAAACUACACUGUUUAACUUUCUUGAAUUUUGUUUUAUAGACAAUAUAUUUGUAGAAUAGCUAUUUAGGAUUCAAUCCAAAUGUGUUAUAGGAUUGCAGCAUGUAAUCUAUGCUACUGUGGUAGUGCUUACAUGCCAACAUAUACCCAAGUCCAGAAGUCACGCUGGCGCAUAUUUAGACCUUUACUUAGUAUGGAAGGAAACUUAUGCAGUUCCACAGCUUGGACAGUGUGGGAAUUGUGGUGCCUGGUAUGUACCAAGUGCUUAUCGGUACACCCCACUUCCCGUCCUCAGCAAAACCUUACAAAGCUCUAGUGUGUAGAAUGUCGAAGUGGAAACUCCUCGUUGUUGGGGAUUUGCCAUACUUUGGCCAUUUCUCCAGAAAUUUAACACAGUUUUGGAGCCUUUAGAAUCUUGUUACCCAACAUUGCUUGCCAGAACUACAGGAAAAGGACCCCUAAAGUUACUAGGGAACUCUUAAGUGUGGGACAAGAACCCCUGUUCACUUAGAGGGGAAUCUGGAUAAGGUCUUCUUCUUGUGAGAGGAUUACAUCAGAAUAUUAGAGACAAGAUUGUCUCAUGGUUUCACACAAUCUCAGGAUGCUAAAUGGCAAAGAUUUACUCAGUAAUGACUUCAGGAUUUGCUCUCCCACAUAACAACUAAUAGCCAGGCUGCUCAAGGCAUGUUUGAGGUAAUGGGAUUAUCUUUCUAUACUACACUCAAACUGUGGUUUUAAGAAGCCCUGUAGCAAAAGUAAAGUGGCAUUCCUUCCAUUGCCCUUACAAUGUAACAAGCUUCUGCCCUCUCUAAGUGGGGGUGAUAGUAUCCACACUGUAGACUAGUGAUGCUGACCUCUCUGGUACCUUCAGCCAGAGUUUUUAGACCAACAUCAGGAUGAAUGGCAGAUCUUUGAGACUAUAGAAUUACAGAAUUUGCUAAUAACAUAGUUUUGCACUAACAAUGGAUAGAUUUAUAUCUCUAUAAUUUAAAAUUGUUUUGUAUUGUACACAGGAUUGUUCAACUAAAGACAUUAGUAAACCUAGGUCUUAUGUAGACUAUCCUUGCCAUAUGAUGCUUUUUAAAACUCUCAUAAAACAUGAUUUAAGUCCUCAAAAGUUCACUUGUAUCACAAGCAGACUUAAGACUAUCCAGGUGUUUUUGCUCAUCUGCAGCAGUAAACAAGGCUACAGAGUUUGGCUAUGAUUUAUUUUAGGGAGUUUGAUGAAAAGAAAGCUUUGAGACUAUUCAAAACAUUUCUUUUUGUUUUGGUUUGGUUUUUUAAGACAAGGUUUCUCUGUUUCGCCUUGGGUGUCCUGAAACUAGCUUUGUAGAGCAGGCUGGCAUUGAACUCAGAUAUGUCUGCCUCUGCCUAUCGGAAUGCUGGGAUUAAAGGUGUACAUUACCACCACGUCUGGCUAAAAUAGUUUCAUUGAACUCUUCAUCAAUUACUGUAAUUAGUUCUCUAAGUUAAAGACUUCAGAAAUUAAAAUACAGGAAAAUAAAGGAAACCUCUUUUAAGACAAAGGAAAUGUAGCACUGGGCCACUCAGGAUGUUGAAAUCGGAUUACCUACACUUGGUGGUCUGUGUCUGUCAUCCCAGCAGAGCAAAAACCUUAGAUGAGAUUGAAUUAGAUGUGUCGAGUACAAAGAACAGAUCUGAUGAUCCUUGCUUGUGCCACCUUGCUGUUCUUUGAUUUACAGUUCUCAUUUCCCUUUGACACCUUUCUUAAAAUAGCACCUACUUCAUCAGCAAAGGAGGCAUGUCUGAUUUUGUGUUAGAUAUAAAUGUUAAGUUUAUAAGCUAUUAUGGCAAAUGUCAUCAGAUUUAGUCACAACCAGAAUUCUCUUAUUGGAUAAGACAAAUGAGUUAAAUUACUUUAAUCCGCUUUACUAUCCUCAUUUUAGAUGAGAAAGUGCUCUUUGCAGUUCUUUUAAAUGUAUUGUGCUGUAUUCUUUUCCCUCCACACGUCUUCCCUUUAUGUGUUUUUGCUCAGGCAACCAAGGGCAUAGAGCAUUGAAAGAAAAACACGGAGUGCUUUUGUAUAGGCCAUCUGUACAUAAAAGUGUAAUUAUUUAUUUAAUUUUCCCAUUUGUACCAUAUUAAAGCUUUGUACAGUGUUUUAAGUUCUGUUUUAAAAUUAUUUUGUAUUUUAUUUUUAUAAUCUAGUAAUAAAACAUUCAGUACGCAUGCAAA